AUGGCUUUGUUCUACGUACAAGGCCUGCCUAUAGGCUGGAUGGCCAUCAUGUUGGCCGUGUUGGCCUCCAUGGGUGGUUUCAUCUUCGGUCGCAGGUCCUGGUACUCACUUCAAUCGGUCCCGUGCCCGGCAUCGCCACAGUAUGACACUGGCCAGAUCUCCGACAUCGUGCUCAUGCCUGACUUCCUCCUCCGAUUCGCCGACUGCGGUGACCCAACCGACUCCUCAACAUGUCACUUCACGGAUGUCCGUGAAGGCCUCAUCGUCGCCCUACUCAGUAUCGGCACACUCGUCGGCGCGCUCAUCGGUGCACCGACUGCCGACUUGCUUGGUCGUCGAUAUGCCAUGACCACGUGGUGCGGCGUCUUCAUGAUAGGCGUCCUCAUCCAGAUCACCACCUUCCACUCUUGGGUCCAGUUCGCGAUCGGUCGUCUCGUCAGCGGCCUCGGCGUUGGCGCCCUCAGCGCCGCUGUCCCUAUGUACCAAGCCGAGACUGCUCCUCCGCAGAUUCGCGGUACCCUGACGGCUACAUACCAAUUAUUCAUCACCUUCGGUAUUCUCAUCGCAUAUUGUAUCUCUAUCGGCGCGCGAGGCAUCUCAGGGUCCGGCUCAUGGCGGACCGUUGUCGGCAUCGGCUUUGUCUGGCCCGUCAUCCUUGGCGUUGGUAUCUUGUUCAUGCCCGAGUCGCCCAGAUGGCUCACUGCGCGCGGUCGUUACGACGAGGCGCGGCGUUCAAUUGCACUGGCCCGUGGUAUCCCAGACUCCGAGGCGGACAAUCAUGCGGUCGUCCAUCGCGAGGUUGGGGAGAUGCGCGCGGCCAUCGAUCUGGAAAGCAAGGAGAAGGCAGGCUGGAUGGAGUGCUUCAACCCCCGUCGCAAGCAGCUCUACCGGACUUUGCUCUGCAUGACCCUGCAGAUGUUCCAGCAGCUCACGGGUGCUAACUACUUCUUCUACUACGGAGCCACCAUUUUCCAGUCCGUCGGUAUCAACGAUUCAUUCGUGAUCCAAAUCAUCCUUGGCGCUGUGAACUUCGUUUGCACGUUUGGCGGCAUGUACAUCAUGGAGAAGUUCGGACGUCGCUGGCCUCUGAUCAUCGGAGGCGUAUGGCAAUCGGCCUGGCUGUUCGUGUUCGCGGCCGCCGGUACAGCCAAGGAUCCAACCGAAAACAAGGGCAUCGGCGAAUUGAUGAUCGUCUCCGCGUGCUUGUUCAUCUUCGGCUACGCCAUGACCUGGGCCCCCGGCAUCUGGAUCCUCAUCGGCGAGACCUUCCCCACGCGCACGCGCGCGCGCCAAGCCGCGCUCGCGACGGCCUCGAACUGGCUCUGGAACUUCCUCCUCGCGUUCUUCACGCCCUUCAUCGUGAAGGCGAUCCAGUACCGCUACGGCUUCGUGUUCGCCGCGUGCAACCUCACCGGCGCGGUCAUCGUCUACUUCUUCCUGUACGAGUCCUCGGACCUCUCGCUCGAGGAGGUCGACGACAUGUACUGCGACCCCGCGUGCAGGCCGUGGACGUCGCGCGCGUGGGCGCCCGAGGGCUUCCCGUCCCGCCGCGAGUUCGCGGAGUCGAAGACGGCGGCGGACCGCGCGCAGAGCCCCGCGGGGAAGAAGGCGCACGGGGAGAUGGACGUCCAGCAUGACGAGCAUGUGACGCGUGCGAAUGGGGCUGCUGCGUCUCCGCCUGCGUACGUCUAG